UGAUAUUUUUAUACUUAUUAAUGCUAUGGCUCCAAAACGAAAAAUUAACGAUAAACAUCGUAUUUUCAAAGAAGAUUGGACCGAAAUUUUCAUUUUUUAUCAAACACAGUGGUUCUGGUCAAACGUUGCAUCAUGUGUACUAAUUAUCAUAGUAACUUGUGUGGCUAGUGGUGAAAGUAUUUUAUGUGAUACUUGCACAUGUCGAAAUUCCGUUAUAAAUUGUACAGAAAAUGGAAUGAUGAACAUUCUAGAUCUAUGGGAUCACACAGAAAUUGUAAAUAAUGCAACAAUCAUGCAUUUUAAUUAUAAUGGCAUUGUACAUGUGAAACAACUACCACCGUCUAAAGUUAGCUACUUAUCAUUUCGAAAAAACAAGAUAAACAAAAUAGAUGAAAUGGCGUUUAUGAACUUAGAGUUUCUCUUAGAACUUGACCUUAGUUACAACUCUUUGACGGCGGAAAGUCUAAAUCCCGAUAUUUUCAAGAUUAAUUACGAAGACAUUUCUAAACCGGGUAGGCUGAUUCAUUUACGCCUUGAUUACAAUAAUAUUCAUUCACUGUUGCCGCAUACUUUUAAAGAACUUAGUAACCUCGUUUCAUUGACACUAUCAGGAAAUCCUUUAACAGUCAUUGACCGAUCAACUAGUUUUGCAUUGUCUUCAUUGCCCAUGUUAAAAAUCUUAAGUUUGUCUAAUACAUCUUUACACGAGCUACCGGAUCAUCUUUUACACACACCUCGAUUUUUAGAAAUAUUAAAUCUGUCAAAUAAUAAAUUCACACAAAUUCCACAAGGACUAGAGGAAGCACAUGCGUUACAGAAAUUAAAUUUUAAUUCUAAUCCGAUAAAAAGCAUCUUAAAUUUCCCAAAAAUGGCAUCAUUAACAGUACUUCAUUUAUCACACAUGCCUGAACUGAACAAUAUUGGGCCACAUGCUUUUAGCCUUUUGAAUGUUCUUGAGGAAUUUCAUUGUGCGCAUAAUAAUAAACUUGAAUCGAUAGACCCGACUGCGUUUAGCUACAAAUUUAAUGAAGGAUUAGAAGGCGAACUGUGGCCUCCAAUAAAAAAAUUAGAUUUGAGUUACAACGCUUUAGGAUACUUGGAUAGCCGUUUGUUGGGUAGAUGGGACACUUUGGAAGAAUUGAACUUACAAGGUAAUAAGUGGAUAUGUGAUUGUGUAAAUCAAUGGCUCGUGUCUACUUUAGCUCCAAUGGUAAAAUCAAAUCAUCCGGAAUUUCUUAAUGAUUUCACUUGUCAAGUGCCAAUUGAAAUGAGUGGAAUUUCGAUUCUUGAUUUAGAUCAUCGCCAUUACCAUAUGCGGUGUUUGGAUUUCUACAAUAAUCGACCCGAAAGAGACGGAAUAUUGUUAAUUGGAAUAUUAAUUGGUGUUAUAUUGACGGUACCAUUUACAAUGGGAAUUAUGAUAUGCUGUGCAAAACGAAAAAAUUCGCUGUCAUACUAUCAUAGGAUAUUUAAUCAAAACAAAUCUCCUUAUGUUCAAGACUAUCAACUAAGGGAAACGUCAAUCUACCAGCCAACAUCAAUUAUAAACGAAGGAUACUAACUUAUAAACUAGUAAUAUUUAAUAGAACGAAGCAUAGAAAUAAAUUAUGAAAUA